CUUCCUGGUAUGAGUCCCCUGACCCAGUAUUUAAAUCAGAAGACGACUUCACUGUGCUUCACACAUCACUUGACUGAACAGUGACUACAAUGAGCAUCUUUUGGUUUAUAACUACACUGCUACUGCUGCACUCCUGCACCCCAGGUGUCGGCAUGGAUCAUGGGAUUGUUAAUGGUAAGAAGUCCAUUCCACACAGCCACCCAUACAUGGUCUACAUUCGUGACUCACAAACACAAGCAGCAUGUGGUGGAUUUUUGAUAAGAGAAGAUUUUGUGAUAACUGCCGCCCACUGUAACGGAAAACAUCUCAUGGUGUAUUUGGGUGUUGAUGACACAAAUCGUUUACCUGAGGGUAUACCAGUCUUAGCCAUUCCACAUCCAGAUUUUGUAAACAAGCAAGGUUAUGACGACAUCAUGCUACUAAAGCUUAAAACAAGAGCAACUCUGAACAAGAAUGUGAAAAUCAUUGGCCUGCCAAAAACUAGGGGAGAGGCGAUCCCAAGUAACUGCAUGGUCAUGGGUUGGGGCUGGAAAGAAUACACUCACAUGUCUCCAUCAAAUGUCCUGAGAGAAGUAAACUUGACUCUUAUUCAAAACUGUGCCACACCUGACCUUAUAUGCACUCGGGGAACAGCCGGGCCAGCACGGGGAGACUCUGGCAGUCCACUUAUUUGUGGAAAGGUCCCACACGGCAUUGUAUCCUACCUUUUACCGGAGUCUUCAGGCUACAUUACGAUGUAUACUAAAAUCUCUCACUACCUUCAAUGGAUUCAUGACACCAUGAGACGAUCUUCUUAAAGCAUCAUAAACCAUGGAAGGCAAAGCUGGAUCAACUCAACAUUUUAAUAUGAAAGCAUGUCUGAUUUAAGUUCUUCUGCAUUUUUAUGUACCUGAUUGAAAUAAAAGCAAACCUUUAUCAUUACACAAGUCUGUUAAAAUGAUUUCUGCAACAACAACCUACAUCAACGUCAGUCUUGCUACUUAAAUGCCAGUGUCUUUCAGAGCUUAGGUCCAACCCCAAUGUAUUGUCACACACCUGAACCAGCUAAUGAAGGUCUUACUAAUCAGACUAGUAACUUUUAAACAGGUGUGCUGAGGCACCCUCCAGGGCCGAGUUCGGACACCUCUGUCCUGUAUGGUCCUAUAUUUGUAUUAAAUAUGUUCAAGCUACAAU